AUGCGAAUUGGGGGAUUGUAUCCAAUUUUCAGACAAAAUUAUUUCAUUCCUGUUCCGACAUUCAUCACUGACCCAUUGGAAGCUUUCAUUCCUUCACAGGCAGAGUCCCUUCCAAGGAAGCUGCUUGCCUGUGGGGAAUUCGGCAGCUUUGAGUUCAAUGCGGUUGAACUGAGACAUCCGGCAGCUAGGCACUUGUAUCCGAGAAAUUCUUCGGAGGUUGAUACCCUUGUCAUUGCAGGCGCUUUGGCAAGUGGCACGUCGUUGCACAAUCCUUUUCACCUGAUGCAUUCAACCAUACCUUUGGUUUGGCAGCUUCAUCAUCCAGACUAUGGUCUUUGUAUCCCCAGGUCAGAGUUAGAUAUCCGCCUGGCUUUCCACAGCGCUUUCCAUGCUCGCCGGCAAGUUCAUUUCUGGAAAGCCUUUAGCAGGCACUCCAACGACAUGGCACAGAUCUCAGAUGCUGAGAAGCCACAGAGGCUCGUUAUCCCAGCGCAGUGGAGAUUCUGGUGGGGCCCCCUUGCGGAGAUGCCGCCGCUUCCUCUAGGAGCCGAUGCAACUGCCAAGUGCUACCCGCGAGUGAUUUUCGGUCGCGAGCUGCUUCGAACAGGGCUUGGCGGGUUCGUGACCCCCCGAGUGGUGACCUUCUAUCAUCGCUAUCUCAACGCCGUUUUUGCCCAGAGCCGGGAACGUGAAGGACCUGCGACUGGACGAGCUUUUGACGCAGAGCUGAAGAUGUAUGGAGCCAUGGGAGUCAAUCCCCCGCAGAGACAAGACGCUGCGUCCCUGUCGCAGAUAGCUCCUGGAGGUCCGAUGGACUUGGACUACUUCACUGCGGAUGGCUCCAAAUACCUGACCCAGCCACCAGCUCUGCUCCCUUUGGACAAAGAGGAGGUGGUUCAAGUUGACGAUGAGGCAGAGGUGAAAUGGGCACAAUCCACGACCAAGAAGGCUCUCCGAAAUGUCAAUGUCCUUUGGGUGCAGAGACCAAAACGUGCGAGCCGAUGGAUUGCAAACAUGGAGGAGAUUCUCAAUUGGCUUCAAGGAUUUGAACACCCGCGCUUCAGUGACCUUCGCGUCAGAGUGCUGGUGGCCCAUUUCGAGCGUUUACAUCCUGCAAUUCAGUGGCACCUAGCGAGACACGCGGACAUUUUGGUGGGCGUCACGGGGGCGGCUAUGGCCUGGGGUGCCUUCAUGCACCAAAAUGCGGUCAUAUUGGACCUCUUUCCACCGGGCUCCAAGUUCUGCAAUGAAGGCUGGGGAAGCAACACCGUCAGCCAUUACGGAGGCUUGGCCCGGCUCAGUGGAAUGCAGUAUACCUGCAUGGAGCACCCGGCUGCUUUGCACGGGUCUGAGAAUCCCACAAGCCAGCAAGAAGCGUUGUACCUCGCAGACAGGGAGGUCAAGGAAAAGUUUGGAGGAUUCUGGCAUGGUCAAAAUGUGCGCUUGAACAUGCCGAAGUUCCAACAGGUAUUCCUUGAAGCUGUCGCCAAGGUGCUGCCCUUUCUACCGCCAGAAAGGACCGCCGACCAUUGAGAGCUUCAGCGUGCAGAUCUUCAAAGUCAAGUGUCACGCGCUGUCGCCCAUCGGUUGAAAA